CCCUUCCCUCAUUCCGCGGCAACUCUCCUCCCCUCCCCUCGUUUGUCUUCCCACUCCGCGGCCCCCUCCUCCCCGCACGGCUCAACUCGAGCGCUGCCCGCCGAGCCGGGCCGCUUCAGGGGGAGGCGCCAAGUCUCGGCUGUUCCCGGGCCCGGCCGAGCAGUCCCCGCUGCCGGCAGCGGAGCGGACGCGGAGCGGAGUCCUGUGAACUUUUCUAGAAGACAGCUUUACAAGGAUCUAGAAGGACCAAAUUCGGGGCUCCAGAACUCUCCAGCAACCAGCUUAGCAGAUCAUACAUCCUUCAGGAGCUGAGAAUUCAUAAGUCUGGUCUUCACCGUGGUGAUUGGAACUUUCCAGUCUCAGAAAAGUUGGCCAAGGGACUGCACAGGACUGAGUCCAUAUGGAAGAAGAACUGCCUGGUUUCUGUGGAGAAAGUGGCCAGGCUGUAUUUUAACGGAAUUGUAACAGCUUGCCAGUUUGCUGUGGUCAUGUGCAGUGUGGUCACUCAGUGGAUUUCUCAGUGGAUACAGCGUCUGUUUGUUCCAGACCACACAAUGAGACUAACAGGAUGUGUCUUAGUCUCUAAUUCAUGGCAGCCAGUACAGGCUACCCUGUCAUCAUUGAAGAUGUUAGAUGUGGGAAAGUGGCCAAUUUUUUCCCUUUGUUCUGAGGAAGAACUGCAGUCAAUCCGUCAGGCUUGUGUCUUCGGCAGUGCUGGUAAUGAAGUUUUAUACACUACAGUCAACGAUGAGAUUUUUGUGCUCGGCACAAACUGCAGUGGCUGUCUGGGGGUAGGUGACGUUCAGAGCACCAUUGAGCCUCGGAGACUGGAUUCUUUAACUGGCAAAAAGAUAGCCAGCCUCGGCUAUGGCAGUGGCCCACACAUCGUUCUUGCAACAACAGAUGGAGAAGUCUUUACCUGGGGUCACAAUGCUUAUAGCCAGCUGGGCAAUGGAACAACGAAUCAUGGUUUAGUGCCCUGCCAUAUCUCUACUAAUUUGUCAAAUAAACAAGUCAUUGAGGUUGCCUGCGGGUCUUAUCAUUCUUUGGUCCUAACAUCUGAUGGAGAGGUAUUUGCCUGGGGUUAUAAUAACUCUGGGCAGGUAGGCUCUGGAUCAACCGCUAAUCAGCCCAUUCCUCGAAGAGUCACUGGAUGUUUGCAGAAUAAAGUAGUUAUGAACAUAGCAUGUGGGCAGAUGUGUUCCAUGGCCGUUGUGGACACUGGAGAGGUCUAUGUCUGGGGUUACAAUGGGAAUGGACAGCUGGGUCUGGGUAGCAGUGGCAACCAGCCAACCCCCUGUAGAGUGGCAGCCCUGCAAGGCAUCCGUGUCCAGCGGGUUGCCUGUGGCUACGCACACACAUUAGUAUUAACAGAUGAAGGUCAAGUGUAUGCUUGGGGUGCAAAUUCUUAUGGCCAGUUGGGCACUGGCAAUAAAAGUAACCAGUCCUACCCUACCCCUGUUAUUGUGGAAAAGGACAGGAUCAUAGAGAUCGCAGCCUGUCACUCCGCCCACACGUCUGCCGCCAAGACCCAGGGCGGUCACGUGUACAUGUGGGGCCAGUGCCGCGGCCAGUCGGUGGUCCUUCCCCACCUCACCCACUUCUGCUGCACCGAUGACGUCUUUGCCUGCUUUGCCACACCUGCCGUCACCUGGCGCCUCCUCUCUGUGGAACCCGAUGACCACCUCACUGUGGCCGAGUCACUGAAGAGGGAGUUUGACAACCCCGACACUGCAGACCUCAAGUUUCUGGUUGACGGAAAAUACAUCUAUGCUCACAAAGUCCUCCUCAAAAUUAGGUGUGAGCAUUUUCGUUCUUCAUUAGAAGACAGUGAAGAUGAUAUUGUAGAAAUGAGUGAGUUUUCAUAUCCUGUGUUCCGAGCUUUCCUGGAAUACCUCUACACGGAUAAUAUCAGCCUAUCUCCUGAGGAGGCAGUAGGAUUGCUAGAUCUGGCCACAUUUUACAGUGAGACUCGGCUGAAAAAGCUCUGUCAGCAAACCAUCAAGCAAGGGAUCUGUGAGGAGAACGCUAUUGCUCUGCUCUCUGCUGCUGUGAAGUACGACGCUCAGGAUUUAGAAGAGUUCUGCUUCAGAUUUUGCAUAAAUCAUCUGACUGUAGUAACACAAACUUCAGGGUUUGCAGAAAUGGACCACGAUCUUCUGAAGAACUUCAUCAGCAAAGCCAGCAGAGUUGGAGCCUUUAAGAACUGACCCCUAACAUGGAAAGGAAUGCCUUCCCACUUUACCCCUGCAAAAAUAAAUAAACAAACAAAACAUUAAAAAGAAUAAAAGCCAUUGAUGAACAACAUCUCUGUAAUGAACAGUGUUGAGAGUUACAUCUGGCCAAAUCCUGUGUUCUGUCAAAAGGAUGGCAGUCAGUCUUCUCCAUCUACCUAACCCACAGUUUACAGUAGGAGGCACGGAGUGCUGGCCUGGAUAUGACACACUCACUCAAAGAAUGAGAACGAGCCCAGUCUCACUCGGGUGGAGAGUCUCCCUCUCCCAGCAGGUACCAUUGUACAUAGCUUCUUGGUUAGAGGUGGGACUUUGUGUCCACUUCUCUUCUCCAGCCAGGACUCUGUCUGGUGAGCUUGCACAGGUCUCGUGCAUGCUGUCGGUCUCCGAGUUCAUCUGUGCAUUUGCCCCGUCGUAUCAGGCCCCAUGCUCGGAGUCGCUGGCCAGUACCAAUAGAUUCCAUGGCUCCAUGCUUUUGUGGGCCUGGUGUUUUGCUUCGCUACUUUUUGUCAUUUUUGUUGGUUGUCUUUUUUUUUUUUUUUUUGAGAAAGAGAGAGAAAGAACACUUAGUUGGAUAGGCAGGAAAGUUGGGAGGUUCUGGGAGAGGUUGAGGUAAGGAAAGAGUAUAAUGAAGACAUAUGAAAAAUGAAGUACCACUUAAAAAAUGAAAAUGUCAUAGUUAACCAUUUCUUCCUUUGAGUCACUUAGGAUAUCUUUGAGGCAUUGCUAGAUUCUGUUCUGGAGAAAUGGUCCAUUAUUCAGUUGGCUGGUACACAGUUACACAAGGAAUGCUGUCCCUCCCAUAUUUUAAGCCUCUAACACAGUGUCUUGUGUAUAAAAGGCAUUCAGUUUAUUUCUGGUCAAUCUUAAGGGUGUGCUGAGAACAGCUGGAAGGUUGGGUGAAGGAAUAAACAAAAGUAGAAGUCUGUAAUUGAGAUUCAUAUUCUUUUAGUUCAUAGUUCUGAGAAAUAAUAGCUAAUUUAGAGCAUUAUUAGAAUGCACAAAAGGCCUUAGCAAUUAAAUUGUCAAAGGCCCAAGGGCUAAUUUUAAUUUUCUACUUUACAAAUUAUUAACUUCUUAUAUGGUAUUAUUGAUGUAUUAACUCUGAAUGUUAUUUCUGGAAUCAUCUGCCUUAUGUAAUUGCAUAAAGCUCUUUGCUUUUCUUUAUUUUAAGGAGGGUCUCCCUCUGUAAGAUUGUAUGUUUUUCUUGUAGUUAGCUUUUAUGUCACUAUAAAACAUGUUUCUUAACCUGGCACUAGUAAAUACUAUACAGAAAGAAACUAACACAUUUCAUGGGUAGCACUAAUAUGAUGAAGAAAGGUUUUUAGACUGUAACAAGCCACCCUGUAGCAAAGGAGAAACUAGAAAAGAUGUAGUGUUGGAUUCUUCUAAGUGUCUCACAAUAUAUUAUGUAAAGGAAACCUUUUUGGAAAUAGAAAUCUUGUUCUCAUGUAUAAUUAUUUGAUAAUAAAGUACUUACUUGAAGAUAGAACAAAUUGUCUUUUUAAAUUAUUGAACAACAAAAAAUAAAGUAUCAACCUUAUGUCUCA